ACCAUGCGAAGUGGUGGGGCUAUUGAUCGGUCUGGGGACAUAAGUAGACGGAGCACGUUCUGAAAUAGUUACCGACGACAAUAUUGUAAUAAACUUACUCAUUCUGUCCGUACCUCUCGUAUAUUUAACCUGCAACUGUGCCGAUACCUAGCGUUUCAAACAUAUAAAGUAGUCGAUCAUUCCGACUAUCUCAAAUAUUGAGUUUAUAUUACCAAGCAACAAAGCUUACGGUACUCAACUCAAGCACUUACUUGGAAAUUACCCCGCCAUAGUACGAUUACAGCAACUCGACACUCACUAGCAAUGGCCACCUCAAAAGCCGACCUCGUCAAACUCGCCGAGACAGACGUGAAAAGCGCCUUACAGCCAGAGCAAUAUGGGCCGGUGGUAUCCUCGCCGCCCUUUGUCUUCGUAGAUGGCACAUUCAAUACGCGAGAUCUGGGCCUCGUCCCCGAAAGUCCCAUGCGUGCAAACUACGCCUUCCGGUCCGGCGCCGUAUCUAACCUGACGGACAACGGGAAGGCCGUGCUGACAGGAAAGCUGGGCGUGAAACGGAUUUUCGAUCUGCGCUCGCCCGAGGAACGCAGCCGCAUGCCUGAUCCCGUCAUUGACGGUGUUGAAAAUACCUGGAUCCAGAGCAGCAGCCCUGACUCUAAGCCUGACCUGGAUACCUUCAUCGCAGGAGAGGGUGAGGCUGGCUAUGAGAACAUGUACCUCGAGGUCAUCGAAAUUUAUUCUGAGAGCUGGAAGGCUAUCCUGGAACAUGUCCGGGAUCGGCCUGAUGACCCCUUUCUUGUCCACUGCACAGCUGGGAGAGACAGGACAGGUAUUUUCAGUGGUCUGCUCCUCGCGCUUGCCGGCGCAUCAGAGGAUGCCAUUGUGACCGACUGGCAACUGACGCGUAUCGGCACCGAGCCAGUGCGCGCCAUGCUUCUCGAAUUCGCUAAAAAGGGCACGAAUGCCUCGAGUGACGACCAGCCUGGGUUUUACAACCUAGUUAGUCUGAGAAAAUCUUGCUGGCAGGCGUUUGUCAAGGGUGUAGAGAAGAAAUAUGGCGGAUUCGAAAACUUCGUCAUGGACAAGCUGGGCUUUUCGCAGGACGAUCUAGCAAAGAUCAAGAAGAAUUUGACGAGUGCUUAGGUUAAGAGACAUGUAGUCGGAACAAUAUCACUGCGGCCAACGAGGAAACUUAGAUGGUUUGUAGAUAGAGUUACCAUAUAUGAGACACCAAGUAUGAUGCCUUGUGCCAACUGAUUGACUGGUGCGUUUGAGCAAAGCUAGGAAGAAUAUAAAUCUUUACAGUCCACUAAACCAUCACAUACGACCAUA